AUGCUCAUCUCUUUCUCAAGCCUCUGGACCAACUUUUUCCCCCCUAAACCUGCCUUCACAGAGAAGGAUGUGGGUAACCUCGAGGGGAAAGUCUACAUCGUCUCGGGUAGUAACACCGGCAUGGGGAAGGUGCUGGCGAACCUCCUGUACGAGAAGAACGCCAAGGUCUACAUCGCCGCGCGGUCAGAGGAGCGCGCCGCCAAGGCCAUCGACGAGAUCAAGAAGGCGGCGCCGGCCUCGAAGGGCUCAUUGGUCUUUAUGAAGCUCGAUUUGGGCGACCUGCGUACCAUCAAGGCGUCGGCCGACUUCUUCCUAGCCCGGGAAUCCAAACUGCACGUGCUAUUUAACAACGCCGGCGUCAUGUACGUCGACCUCAAAGGCCCACAGACAACACCUCAAGGCUACGAGAUGAACCUCGGUGUCAACGUGCUCGGCACCUUCCUCUUCACCAAGCUACUGACGCCGGCUCUCAUCUCGACGGCCAGGUCGGAGCCCGCAGGCUCGGUAAGAGUCAUCUGGGUGUCCUCGCUAGGCACCGAAAUGGUUGGCGAGAAAUCGAUCGGGCUGUCGUACACCGACCUGGAGGCGCACGCAAAGCGGACACCUAUGGACAGGUACGCGCUGAGCAAAACCGGAAACUGGCUCCAUGCAGUAGACUGCGCACGUCGCCUGCACGGUGACGGCGUUGUCAGCGUCCCGAUAAACCCGGGUAAUCUCAACACGGAGCUCGCCCGCCAGCACCCAGCCUUCAUACAGCGGAUCCUGCGGCUACUCGUCUACCCAUCUCGGUACGGGGCGUAUACGCAGUUGUAUGCGGCCAUGUCGAGCGACAUCGGCCUGGCCAAUUCGGGAAUCUGGGUUGCCCCUUUCGGCCGCCUCUACCCGAUCCGGAAGGAUUUGCUCGAUGCGACGAAAUCGAAGGAGGAGGGUGGUAACGGCCAUGCCGCCGAGUUCUGGGAAUGGACCGAAGAGCAGGUCAAGCCCUACAUAUAG